AAACACAAGGAAGAAUGUGAUCGUGACGUCACUUCCGCAGGAGACUUUUUCUGUGUUGGUGAAGUGAUCAUCAAGCUUUGAGUUCAAAGUUUCUGAUCUUUGUUAUUAUUAUUUUUGAUGUGUUGAUGGCGUCCGGAUCACAGUGUCCGAACAGCAGGUGGGAUCAGACCAGACGAAACGAUUCCCACCCUGUGACGACAGAGGCCAGCAGCUCCGGCUCUUCGCCCACCUGGCCGCCCGCCGUCGGACCGGACCCGCCGCAGGCUGGUGUGGAGAUGGCUGCGGCGAUGGCGGCUAAAAUAAAUGCCGUGCUGAUGGCCAAAGGCAAACUGAAACCACUGCAGCCGCUGCCCAGUAAAGUGCCACUCACUGUUCCCUUUCCUUUCUGCGCCGUUGACGUCGUCGUGGCUGAAGUUGAUAUUAAUGACGUGCCAAUAAACUGCAGGAAUCUUUUGACUACAGGCAAAACUCAGGAAGAGAUUCGUCAGUUCAGUGGUGCAUUUGUUACAACCAAAGACCUUCACGUGGGUGAAGCUGAGAAAUGUGGCGCCACAAACCCAGCGAGGCGUCUGUAUCUCCAUGUGCAGGGACGCAGUCAGACUGACGUCAACAAUGCUGUUGCAAGAAUAAAGGAAAUCAUCUCGGAGGAGGUUUUGCGGUCAUCAAAUGGGCUACAACCUCCUGUGAUGCCCACCGUCCCGGUGUACCGGCAACCUCUUGCAGCGGCCGCCAUACGACCCCCAAACAUUCCCACGAUUCCUGGACACAAGCCGCCCCCUCCUCACUCAGGGAGUUUUGUGCACACUAAGAUAUUUGUAGGCCUGGACCGAUCGCAACCGUCGUUUAACGUGAACGAGCACGUAGAGGGGCGGUCCGGCUCAUACCUACAGCACAUUCAGUCUGAGACGGGCGCUCGUGUUUUCCUCAGAGGUAAAGGUUCUGGACACAUCGAGCAGGCGUCUCGCCGCGAGUCUUUCGAACCGCUGCAUCUGUACGUCAGCCACCCGAAUGCAGCAGGACUGGAGGCGGCAAAGAAACUGUGUGAGAAUCUCCUGGAGACGGUGCGGGCUGAACACACUCGCGUCACGUCCACGUAUGCGCCGUCUGCUUCUACAGUUUAUUCCACCAAUAACAGCUACAGCAGCCAAUCCUGGUACAGCUACCCAGCGUAUCCCGUGUCCGCUGGCUUCUGGAAUAACUCUGGCCAAUCCCAGCUGAGAAACAGUCCGGUGCAGUAUCCCGUGUGGUCGCGUGAACAAACGCCUCUCACGCAGCAGAUGGUCAAAAGUCAAAAGAUUUUAUUUCAACAAUACAGCUGAGAGGAAUUUGUCUUGGUAUGCUCACAUAUACAGAUAAUUAACAACAAUACACUGACAGAUUUAUUUCACAAUAUGGGGGCUUUGACCGGAAGUAGGGAAUACUUGUUGCACCACUACGAACGCCACUUAUUUUAUCCUCCUAAGACCUGAAUGUCCACAUAUGUGGACAUGAAUUUUUAUUUAUGUUUGCACCAUAAUACUUAAUUCUGUGUAACUGGAACAUGUUGUACACAAACAUGGACAAAUACUCUGCUUCAUGUUCUUAGAAAACAAUUUGGUUAUUAUAUUUAUUCCUAACCCCAAAAUAGCUGGUAGAAAUCUGAAAAAAAGACAAACCAAAACCUGGGUCUUAGAAGGAUAAUAAAGGAUUGACAGCUGCUUGUUUUAUUCUAAACAUGAAUUUACAUGUAUAAAAAAAUAAAAAAAGCAGAUAUUGUCGGUUUAUGUGUUACUUGGAAAGGAUGAAAUGUUAGAAAUUAUUUUAUUUUGCAUUUUUUAACAUCAAGAUAUAUGUUAGACAGCUGGACAUACCUAUUAAUUUGCGUCUGCUCCUGUUUAUUGUGACAGGGGUCUUAGUACAAAGUGUGCACAUUUGGACAUUUACAUUUAGGCAUGUAAAAGACACUUUUGUCCAAAGUAAGGCAAUGCAUGAAAGCAAUAAACAAAGCCACACACCGUGUUAAGAUUGUCAGAUACUUUGGAAUUGGAAAUUAAAUAAUUAGUCAGUCUAAACUUUAAAGAAAUAAGUAGUAAAAUGUGUAAAUAUUUCUCCACACCCCUGUCAUUACAAGAAACAGGAGCAGACACGAAUUAAUAGGUAUAUCUCGUUAUUUUAUUUGAAAUGUCCAGCUGUCUAACAUAUAUCUGUAUAAUAAGAAAAGCUAAAAAAAGUCCUAAACGGACAAUAUCUGCUAUUAUUUUUAACAAGCUGUUAAAUGAGAGAGAGAGAGAGAGAGAGAGAGAUUCACUUUAAGUCAAAUGAUGUAUUGUGUAUUUUUAUUCAGGAUGAGUCGUCUGCAGGUGAUUUGGUGAAGGUCGUGACAGACAGAAGCUCUGAGAGGUUGAAUGUCUGAUUUAUUCUGCAUGUUUCAGUGAUUUUGUGUUUUUACAAUUCAAGUUUCUUUUUUACAGUGCCUAUGAUCGACUACACGUGUACCUUAUACUUGUGAACUGGUCUGCAACACUUUAGCUUUAGACUGUAAAUACAGAGCAUUAUAAUCUGUUUAUUGUGUGAAUGAUCUGAGAUCAGUCUUAUUUUCAGGUUAUUGAUGCC